CCUCGCGCGCUGUCCGCGCCAUGAAGCACAUCCCGGUUCUCGAGGACGGGCCGUGGAAGACCGUGUGCGUGAAGGAGCUGAACGGCCUCAAGAAGCUCAAGCGGAAAGGCAAGGAGCCGGCGCGGCGCGCGAAUGGCUAUAAAACUUUCCGAUUGGACUUGGAAGCGCCCAAGCCCGGCGCCACCGCCACCAACGGGCUGCGGGACAGGACCCAACGGCUGCAGCCGGUCCCGGUCCCAGUGCCAGCCCCAGUGGCGCCAGCCGUUCCCCAAAGUGGGGGCGCGGACACAGCUGGGGAGCGCGGGGGCUCCCGAGCGCCCGAAGUCUUGGAUGCGCGGAAACGCGGAUUCGCCCUGGGCGCAAUGGGGCCAGGACUCCCCACACAGCCGCCGCCGCCGCCUCCGGCGCCCCAGGGCCAGGCACCCGCGGGCUGCGAGGCACAACCUUUCCGGGAGGCCAGCCUGCGUCCCCGCAUCUUACUGUGCGCUCCACCCGCGCGCCCAGCUCCCCCAGCGCCCCCAGAGCCCACAGUGCGCCCCGCGCCCCCCACGCGCCCCGGGGAAAGUUCCUACUCUUCAAUUUCACACGUAAUUUACAAUAACCACCCGGAUGCCUCCGCGUCGCCUAGGAAACGGCCAAGCGAAGCAACCGCUGCCUCCUCCGAGAUCAAAGCCCUGCAGCAGACCCGGAGGCUCCUGGCGAACGCCAGGGAGCGGACGCGGGUGCACACCAUCAGCGCAGCCUUCGAGGCGCUCAGGAAACAGGUGCCAUGCUACUCGUAUGGGCAGAAGCUGUCCAAACUGGCCAUCCUGAGGAUCGCCUGCAACUACAUCCUGUCCCUGGCGCGGCUGGCUGACCUCGACUACAGCGCCGACCACAGCAACCUCAGCUUCUCCGAGUGUGUGCAGCGCUGCACCCGCACCCUGCAGGCCGAGGGACGUGCCAAGAAACGCAAGGAGUGACUGCCCAUGGGCUAGACCGAAGACGCUGCUGAGGGCCCUUUCCAGCGCGGCCUGAGGAGAAGGUGAGCUCGCCAAGUCCAGCCCGGUCGUCUUCUCCAAGAUGCCACCAGGUGCUCAGCCCGCUGCCUCUCAGGGCCAGACAGGAGCACGCCUGCCUCCCUCCGGCCUUCGGCCCUUCCCCUGCCACUCUGAGGUGACUUCGCACUUUGCCCUCUGCCUGGGAACAGGGAGAGCUCAGCCUCCCCCUUGCCAGGGGCCUGAGGCCCACCAACCGGCUGCGGAAAUCCAUUGCCAAAGAUUCAACAGAGACGCUGAACAAAAUGGGGUGACGAAACCCAACAGUGAAAGGCCACACUGUCGCUCUGACCUCUGCCCCUCCGGUGGCCCGAGUCCCAUCCCAAGCCAAGGACGAGUCAGCUGUUGCACCAGGAACUCAUGGAAGGGAUGGGCAGACCUCUGGAAGCCCGUGA